AUGGCUACUUCUACUCUUUUCAGACCAGCUGCCCGUGCUGGAGCUGCAGCAUUCCGCUCGGCCGGUCCCCGGGGCCUUGCAGGUGUUGCUUCUGCUCGAUUCAUCACCAAGGUUACUUUGCCGGACCUGCCAUAUGACUAUGGCGCGCUUGAGCCAGCCAUUUCCGGCAAGAUCAUGGAGCUUCAUCAUUCCAAGCAUCAUCAAACCUACGUCAACUCCUACAACGACGCAGUUGAGAAGCUCGCCAGUGCCCAGGGCAAAGCCGAUAUCCAGACCCAGGUCUCCUUGCAGGCAUUGACCAACUUCCACGGAGGUGGUCACAUCAACCACUCUCUGUUCUGGGAGAACUUGGCCCCCAAGAACUCUGGUGGUGGUGAGCCUCCAUCUGGUGCUCUUGCAAAGGCUAUUGAUGAAUCUUUCGGUGGUCUCGAGCCGUUCCAGAAGACCUUCAACACUGCUUUGGCUGGUAUCCAGGGAAGCGGUUGGGGAUGGCUGGUGAAGGAUAAGCAGACUGGCAAGAUCCAGAUCAAAACUUAUGCUUAUGAAAACCGCAAGGCUGAGUAUUUCGGCGCCAUAUGGGAUGUUAUUAACUGGAAGACUGUUGAGAAGAGAUAUGCCUAA